AUGUCUUCUUCCAAAUCUAAGAAGCUUACCAAUCAAGAGGUAACUACGCAAUUUAACCUCAAGAAAAACGAAUUACAAACCAUUGCACAAAAAAUUGGUGAACUUGAAUCGGAAGUCGAGGAGCAUAAGGCCGUGAUAGACACAAUAUCCCCUCUAAACGGCGAUCGGAAAUGCUUUCGACUUGUGGGUGGUGUGCUGGUUGAACGUACCGUAAAAGAUGUGUUGCCUGCCCUUCAAACAAAUCACGAUGGGGUACAUGUAUUUUUAGAUUAA